CACUUGCUGCUGCUGACAUCUUGGUCCUCUUUUUCAUCGUGUUUGUAGACUUCCUGUUGGAAGAUUUCAUCUUGAACAUGCCGAUGCCUCAGGUCCCCAACAAGAUCAUCGAAGUGCUGGAAUUCUCUUCCAUCCACACCUCCAUUUGGAUUACUGUCCCAUUAACAAUUGACAGGUACAUUGCUGUCUGUCAUCCACUCAAGUACCACACGGUCUCCUACCCAGCCCGCACCCGGAAAGUCAUCGUAAGCGUUUACAUCACCUGCUUCCUCACUAGCAUCCCCUACUACUGGUGGCCCAAUAUCUGGACUGAAGACUACAUCAGCACCUCCAUGCAUCACGUCCUUAUCUGGAUUCACUGCUUCACUGUGUACCUGGUGCCCUGCUCCAUCUUCUUCAUCUUGAACUCAAUCAUCGUGUACAAACUCAGGCGAAAGAGCAAUUUUCGCCUCCGCGGCUACUCCACAGGGAAAACCACCGCCAUCUUGUUCACCAUUACCUCCAUCUUUGCCACCCUCUGGGCCCCCCGCAUCGUCAUGAUUCUCUACCACCUCUAUGGGGCGCCCAUCCAGAAUCGCUGGCUGGUGCACAUCAUGUCUGACAUUGCCAACAUGCUGGCCCUUCUGAACACCGCCAUCAACUUCUUCCUCUACUGCUUCAUCAGCAAGCGGUUCCGCACCAUGGCAGCCGCCACGCUCAAGGCCUUCUUCAAGUGCCAGAAGCAACCUGUACAGUUCUAUACCAACCAUAACUUUUCUAUAACAAGUAGUCCCUGGAUCUCGCCAGCCAACUCACACUGUAUCAAGAUGCUGGUGUACCAGUACGACAAAAAUGGAAAACCUAUAAAAGUAUCCCCGUGA